AGUUGCCCAAAACAGGUGAAUAUACACAUUCUGAUGCGUUAAAGCUUCUUAAGGAGUCUGCACUUCCUCAUAAUUGGACAAAAUAGAGUAUUUUUUGGCAACUACCAUAUUGGAGCAAGCUUUUGAUUCGCCAUAAUCUUGAUAUCAUGCACAUUGAAAAGAAUGUGUUUGAUAAUGUGUUCCAUACUGUAAUGAAUGUCAAAGGAAAAACAAAAGACAACCUGAAAGCAAGGAAAGAUUUGAAGAAGUUUUGUAAGCGGCGAAAAUUGGAAGUUCCGGAUGAUGCCACUGAUGAGACUAAUAUGCUAAGUGCUGCAUACGUCUUGUCUAAAGAGAAGAGAAAGGUUUUUUGUGAAUGGUUGCAAGGGUUGAAGUUCCCCGAAGGAUAUGCAUCUAAUUUGAGUAGAUGUAUAGAUCCAAAGGACUACAAACUUUUUGGCAUGAAAAGCCAUGAUUGUCAUGUUCUUAUGAAAAGAUUACUUCCAAUUGCUUUCAAAGACUUGUUGCCCCUCAAUGUGUGGAAUGCUCUAACUGAAUUGAGCCAAUUUUUUAGGGAUAUUUGUUCAUCGUCCUUAAAAGUAGAAGACAUGAUUCAAUUAGAAAAAAAAAUUCCUGAAAUUCUUUGUAAGUUGGAGAGAAUAUUUCCAUCAAGCUUCUUCAACUCUAUGGAGCAUCUUCCUAUCCAUUUGCCUUAUGAAGCAAAAGUUGGUGGGCCAGUUCAAUAUAGGUGGAUGUAUCCUUUUGAAAGGUUUUUAUACCACUUGAAGAAAAAGGUGGGAAACAAAGCUCGAGUUGAAGCCUCAAUUUGCAAUGCCUACUUAACAGAGGAGAUCUCUAACUUUUGCUCCCAUUAUUUUGAGGAACAUGUUAACACAAGAAUGGGUAACUUAGAAUUCAAUCUUAGAGGUAAUGAAGAGUCGCUUGACCAAAAUCUACCUGAAAUUUUCUCUUGUACAACUGGCUAUAGUGCAUCUCAAGGGCAAUUAUGUUAUAUUGAUGACAAGGACUAUGAUAUUGCCCAUCGUUACAUCCUUGGUAAUUGUGAGCUGCUCUCUAAUUUUGAACGCUUGUUUGAAGAACAUGUGGUGAGAACUUAUGGUUGCCUAGAUGUGGAAGAUGUUUGGACCAAUUAUGAUCACUACUUUUCAAAUUGGUUUAGGGAACAUGUUUUGGAUAUGGGCAUUAAUGACGACAUCAUUCAUUCUUUAGCACUUGGUCCUUCGACAAGAGUUCGAAAAUUUAGUAGGUACUACAUUAAUGGUUACCAUUUUCACACAUUCACCUAUGGUAAGGAUAAAUCAACCGCGAACUACGGUGUUUGUGUCAAAAGUGAUGAUGGAAAUGACUAUUUUGGGAUUCUUCAAGAGGUAAUUGAAUUGGUUUACAUUGGGGCUAAAAAGAGUUAUAAAACCGUUUUGUUCAAAUGUGAGUGGGUUGAUCCUAGACAAGGUACUAGGGUGCAUGAAAAGUAUAAACUUGUAGAGGUCAAUCACAUGAGAAAAUACCCAAAAUAUGAUCCAUUUGUGUUAGCUUAUCAAGUGGAGCAGGUAUAUUUUGCACCAAGUCCUACUACAAAAAAAGAGAGAAAUCCAUGGUUAUACGUGUUUAAUGUUAAAGCUAGAGGAACCAUUGAUGCCCCAUUAGAUGAAUUGGCUUUUCAAGAGGAGGAUAUUCAAAAUUCUCCGUCUCUUUCUGAAGUUGAGCUUGAUGAGGAUGAACGAGAUGAAGAGGAGGAAGAAGAAGAAGAAGAAGAAGAAGAAGAAGAAGAGGAGGAAGAGGAAAAAGAAGACUUUACUGAUGGCGAGGAUGAUGAUCAGGAGGACGGUGAUGAAUGUUAACUGAUGAAGAAGAUAUUAUUGUAUUUGUUUAAACUAAAAUUUGUGUCCAUUGAAACUUGUCUCUUGUUUACAAGAUUUGACCUUUGCUUAACUCUUGCAACUUAUGCUUAUUUUUUGUGACAUUGUUCUAAUGAUUUGCUAGUGUUUGAUUUUGGUUAGUUCUCA